AUGGACUGUGGUGUCACAGAUAUGCCGAGCCAUGCUCAUUUCCCGCCCCGUAUUCAAACACAUCUAAGGAAUCAGGGCUCAAACUCGUCUCCUCUCAGCCCAGAUGCAGUUUCCUUCGCCGAACCCAUACCGUCACCCCGCCGCUGGUCACCUACGUACCAACCGCGCCGUCGAAGCAGGCAAGUGCCUUCAUUAUCCUUUGUUCCGUCACCAGUCAUGCCUCGGAUAGAGUCGCACGAUUUCUCGGCUUCAAUGUCCCGGAGGACAUUAGAUCGGAACCCGGCUUGUAUGUCGCCUUUUCGCUCUGUUCGCAGAAUGAAAGAGCCCUUUCAAUUAAUGCUUCCCACAUCACCUGCGUCCAUUGACGGGGCUCCAUCAAACUUCCCUGAAAAGUCAGGGCGAUUCCCAAGACCGCCGGCCGGUCGAUCGUUGCGAACCUGGCGUUCGGACCAAAACCUCACUUGCGAUAUUGGAGGACUUGGCCUUCUACCUAGUCCCCCGAUAUCAGAAUCACGUCCGGCCAGCAUAGGUCCGGAGAUUUCCUACUUCGAUAGCAAAUCCUCAGACGAGUCAGACGACUCGAAAGAGGAAUUUAAGGACGAGGCAGAUGAGGCUGAAACGACAGAGAUUGCAAAUGAAGUGGAGGAAGUGGACUCUACCGACACGGCCAGCGAGGACGACAUCACCCCGACCAUCACGACUAUCGAGAUUGACGAGAAGAUCAAAUAUAAGGCCUAUCGUCCACCAGAUUUGAAGAGUCAACCACGCACGGAUGUGAUGAAUGUGCAUGAGGCUCACUCGGAAUUCGUCCGACGAUGCGAAUCUAUCUGUGAAUCUAUCAAUGAACCGGAUUCGCCGGCCCAACACUCUGAGAAAUCACCAGCCUCUAUCACAUCCCCCAAAUCUCUCCAAAGCGAGAAGGGGUUUCCCCCAGGAAGUUCACCCAGGCCUCAACGGCCUAGAACGGGGACAGUUUCAAGUGAAGCCAGCUGGGUUCCUAGUAAUUUCUCAUACUGUGAGAGAUGGCUCCAAGGUGUACCUGUCGACAAGGUGAAUGACGAAGAUACACCAGCGAAGGAACUUAACAACCGAAGGAAAUUUCAGAUUGUGGAAAAUGAUCCCCCAAUGCCAAAACUUGAUAUUAUUCCUGGAGCGAAGGCCCUCGAAGCGCCUGUUCGCUUCGUCGUUGUCCCCACCAAGACAAAACCAAAGCUUGUUGACAUUGCGCGACAGUCCUCACCGUCCAUUCCAUUGCCACCGCCUCCAUCUCUUCUUCCUCAGACAGUACCAACAACGCCAGACCAGCGACAAGAGGAAGUCUCGGCAUUUAGUCCUGACACGCCGCUCGAUAUGUCUGACAGUGGUUACGGUACUCGUGACUCUGGUUACUCGUUCGAUAGCUAUGAUGACAUCAAAGCUGAUGACGACGACGACGCAUACACAGAUCCUGGUUCAUUGACCUCGUCCGACAGCGUUGGUUCAACGGUAGUAUGUGAAAGACCGGAAUCCGCGCAGGAAGACCGCGAAACAUUCCCACAACUUGAAAUCCGCUCUGGUAGCGUGAGCCCUAAAGCGCCAUCACCAUCACCACCGACACCCCAUUCACCAGGCCGAAGUUCCAAUAAGUCCGACAAAGCAAAUGAAAAACCGGGACUAUGGCAUCAUGAUUGGAGCAUGGACGAUCAUGAAUGGACUGUCAACGAGCUAGAACACUCAGUCAAGGACUUCCCUCGCAACAUGCUCCGGCUCACAUCCCCAGUCAUCUUAUUCCUCCGCAAAAGCGACGAGGAGCCUUUCAUUAAACCCUUUCGCACUAUCUUCCCUGAUGUAUCAGAGAACCUUCUCGACUGUCUCUGCGCUGCUAUACUCGCCCGAAACUACCUCCUCUCUCUAUCAACGCUGCACCGCAGCAAACAAAACAAAAGCUCCAUCUCACGCAAUGACUAUGCCAUUGAUUCUGUCCCCACCAAAGCAUACAGCACACUGGGUAUCCAAAUCCCAUCCGUCACACCGGGCAGGCCAAAGGACCGUGUUCUUGGCUCUCGCAGCAAGGAUCUUGGAACACACCUCGAGCGAAUCGUGGACAAUCUCCUCUUCGCCAUCUGUGGACGUUCCGACCCUACUCUGAAAGCAGCUGUUGAAGUCCUUGCACAGGUCCUCGAAACCAAUGCUUAG